UACGCCUUUCAGCAAAGCGUACUACCGCAUUGGAUAUUUUGUUUCCGCUCUUACCCGAUACAAACAAGAUGGCCGACGUUGUUGAAAUCCAUAAAUUGAAGUUGGCUGAGCUCAAGCAGGAAUGUGCUGUGAGGGGAUUGGAGGUGAAAGGAAACAAAGGUGACCUUAUUGGACGGUUGCAGGCAUACCUUGAGGAGCAUGAAGAUGAGGUGAAUGAAGAGGAGGUCUUGGGAGAGUUAGAGGAUGAUUCUAAAGAGGAAAUCAAUGAAAGACCUGCAGAAGAGGCAGCAGGAGAGACAGCUGUACCUGAAAAGGAUCCUGAGAAGAAAGUUGUGAAAAUCACUGCCCCAGCAGCUGCAGGGGAGAAGCUGCAAAAGAGGGCGGAGCGUUUCAACCUGCCUGCCACUGCUGAUAGUAAGAAAGAGGCCCGUGCUGCCAGGUUCGGUUUACCAGCUCCAACGCCGGCUUCCACACCAGGUGCACCAGUUGCGAAUAGCAAACCAACUGUCAGCGUUGAGGUCCUGAAGAAGCGGGCAGAGCGCUUUGGCAUGAAUGUCUCCCCUGUUGCCAAAACGGUUGAAGUUGACGAGAAACUGAAAAAGAGGAAGGAGAGGUUUGGGAUUCUCACUGCUGCUGCUGCAGUUGGGGCUGAAGAUAGUGAGGCAAAGAAGAGGAAACGCGCAGAGCGAUUUGGAAAUAAUUGAUUCGACAAUUUUUUUACUUUUUUUAACACGUCAUUGUAUUUUUUAAACUUGUAUCUCUUGUUUUACAGUGGUAAAAUACCAACCUAUCCUGUUUAGUAAAAACAAAUAUUUACAGUAUGUAAAAGUUUGGACAAUAAAGAUAUUUUCCAAUUUC